UAAGUUUGGGAAGUAUAUGGAUUUGUUGAAUGGCGUGGCUAGAUGUCACCAUUUGGACUGCCUAAACCGUGUGGCUGAAUUUUGGAAUGGUGGAUUAUAAAUUGACGGUUCUAAUAUUUUUCUAGUGUUUUUAAUUGUUUGUUGUUACUGUCUAUGUUAUUUAUAUUAUAAUUUAUUCUAAUACAAUUUUGAGAAAUUUUAUGACGUACAUUUUAUCAGGUUUGACAUGGGGGUGAUGAAAUGACAUUAGUUCAAACCACUAAUCUAUAUAUAGCUUUUUGUUAAUUUCUGGAAGCUAUUUGGCAUAAAUAAUUUGACUAGUCUGCUAAGUUAUACCAACUAAUUUCUAAUUAUUCUAUUAAUCAUUUAAACAAAAAUUCUACCAUCGUUUACAAGCAUAUUAAUUUUUAGUAGAUAUUACAUGCAUACCACACCAUACCACCAGUGUGGACAUUGUUUGUUUUCAGAGCUUAUAUAAACUUUUACUAAAGAUUAAUAUUUAAUCUUAGUAGUUUGUGUAUUUUUAUGAUAAUCAUGAUUAGCAGAUGAUAUUAUAAAAAAUAUCGAUAUCUACCACAAAAUAGGAUAGACUUAUUUUUUAUUUUAUUAAUUACAAGUCUCCCAUAAAUAAAUAAAAAUACAUUUUCUUUCUAGACCAUUGUAAGAGUCGUAAACAGCCUUGAUUAAUGUAAGAGUUACGUAUACAGACAAAUCAAACGAUUAUUCAACCGAUAUAUAUAUAGACAAUUAUUAAAAAAAAAAAUUGUCUAUAUAACACGUUUUCUCAAAUAAUUGUCUAUAUAUAUAUCGGUUGAUCUAAGCUCAGUUCUUCAUCCAAUACACAAGAGAGAAGUAAGAAGAAACAGAGUAGCAAACAAUGUCAACGUUCAUCUACUUCCUCUUUCCUUUAGCUAUCUUUGUAGUUUCCUUCUUCAUCAUAGCAAAGAAACACAAACCCUCAAAAUGGAAACUUCCACCUGGUCCCAAGACACUUCCGAUCAUCGGAAACUUGCACAACCUCAAAGGACAGCCUCACACGUGUUUUACAAACCUCUCCAAAACAUACGGACCAGUGAUGCUUCUCCGUUUCGGAUCCGUCCCCGUGGUCGUGAUCUCAUCUAGAGAAGGAGCAGAAGAAGCUCUCAAGACCCAAGAUCUCGAAUGUUGCAGCCGACCAGAAACCGUCGCGACAAGAAUGAUCUCUUACAACUUCAAAGACAUAGGGUUCGCUCCUUACGGUGAGGAAUGGAAAGCGCUGAGGAAGCUCGUGGUCGUUGAGCUUUUGAACAUGAAAAAGUUUCAGUCGUUCGGUUACAUCAGAGAGGAAGAGAAUAACGUGUUGGUCAAGAAACUAACCGAAGCGGCUCUGACACGUUCCCCUGUGAAUCUGAAGAAGACCCUUUUCGCGCUCGUUGCGAGUAUUAUCUGUAGGCUCGCGUUUGGGAUAGAUAUCCACAAAUGCGAGUUCGUGGAUGAGGACAACGCUGCGGAUCUAGUUCACAAGUUUGAGUUGCUCGUUGAUGGUAUUGCAUUCUCUGAUUUUUUCCCUGGAGUGGGUUGGAUCCUCGACCGAGUGUCCGGACAGAACAAGACACUGAACAAUGUUUUCUCGGAGCUAGACACUUUCUUCCAGAACAUACUCGAUGCUCAUCUUAAGCCUGGAAGAACAGUAUCCGACAACCCUGAUGUCGUUGACGUGAUGGUUGGUUUGAUGAAGAAACAAGAGCAAGAUGGAGAUUCUUUCAAGCUCACCACAGAUCAUUUCAAAGGAAUCAUCUCCGACAUAUUUCUAGCAGGAGUAAACACAAGCGCCAUCACAAUGAUAUGGGCCAUGACGGAACUGAUCCGAAACCCUAAUAUAAUGAAGAAAGUGCAACACGAGAUUCGGACAACACUUGGGGACAACAAGGAGAGACUCACAGCAGAUGACCUAAACCAUCUUCACUACUUGAAGCACGUGAUCAAAGAGACGUUUAGGUUACAUCCAGCAGCUCCACUCUUGCUCCCGAGAGAGACCAUGUCUGAUAUCAAGAUCCAAGGAUACGACAUCCCCAAGAAAUCUCAGAUGAUGAUCAACGUUUACUCGAUCGCACGCGAUCCAGAAAUUUGGUCAAACCCGGAUGAGUUCAAUCCUGACAGGUUUAUCGACAGUUCCGUGGAUUACAAGGGACUGAACUUUGAGCUUUUGCCGUUUGGUUCUGGUCGGAGAAUAUGUCCCGGGAUGAAUAUGGGAAUAGCUACCGUAGAGUUGGGACUGCUAAAUUUGCUCUACUUCUUUGAUUGGGCAGUGCCUGAAGGGAAGACUAUCAAAGACAUGGACCUGGAAGAAACAGGAUCGCUCAUUAUCAGUAAGAAGUCAACUCUUGAGCUUGUUUCGCUUUUAUAUAACUUAAACAAAUAGUCCAUAAUAAGAUACAUGUAUUUGUACUCGGCUUCGUAUUUUUGAUUUUGUAAUAUUUUUUCUUAUAUUAAACAUUAUAUCAUAUAUCUGAAAGAUUGGGUUGUCAAAUCAGAUUUUCAUGAUCUGAACAUGAGAAAUGAAUUAAUUAAGUUUGAACUAA